GGACCCUUGGGGGGACAGGACUGAGACCCCCAAGGUGACAGGAUUGGGACCCCUGGGGGGAUGGGAUCAGGUCCCCCAAGGGGGAUGGGGUCAGGAGCCCCCAGGGUUACAGAAGGGGACAGGAUCGGGACCCCCAAGGGGACAGGCCUGAGACCCCCAGGGUGACAGAAGGGGACUGGAUCGGGACCCCCAGGGGGAUGGGAUCGGACCCCCCAAGGGGGACAGGAUCGGGUCCCCCAAUUGGACGGGACUGAGACCCCCAGGGUGACAGAAGGGGAUAGGAUCGGGACCCCCCAAGGAGACAGGCCUGAGACCCCCAGGGUGACAGAAGGGGACAGGAUCGGGACCCCCAGGGGGAUGGGAUCGGACCCCCCCAGGGGGACGGGAUCGGACCCCCCAAUUGGACAGGCCUGAGACCCCCAGGGUGACAGGAUCGGGUCCCCCAAGGGGCCGGGCUCAGGACCCCAUAGGGGGCCCCCACUGCACACAGCCCCCCCCCGCCCCCCAGUCCCACCCUCCCUCCCAACCCGGCGCCCAGCCAGGGGUAUAACGUUACCUCCGACCUUCCCGGGGGGCACCCGCAGCACCCGCCUGCACCCCCCCCCACCCCCAAAAUGGAGGAGAAAUCACCCAAAAUCCCAGCCUCAGUACCCCAGUUUACCAACUGCCCCACCAUGGUGAUCCUGGUGGGGUUACCGGCCCGCGGCAAGACCUACAUCUCCCGUAAGCUCACUCGUUACCUUAACUGGAUCGGCACCCCGACACGGGUCUUUAACGUGGGGCAGUACCGGCGUGAAGCCGUGCGGAGCUACAAGAACUACGAGUUUUUCCGCCACGAUAACGAGGAAGCCAUGCGAAUCCGAAGGCAGUGCGCGCUGGCCGCCCUUAGGGACGUCCACACGUACCUGAGCUCCGGGGAGGGGCAGGUGGCGGUGUUCGACGCCACCAACACGACGCGGGAACGCCGGGCCCUGCUCCUGCAAUUCGCGAAGGAAAACGGCUACAAGGUUCUCUUCAUUGAAUCCAUUUGCAAUGACCCCGCCAUCAUCGAGGAGAACAUCAAGCAAGUGAAGCUGAGCAGCCCCGACUACAGAGGCUGCGCCCAGGAGGAGGUGGUGGCCGACUUCCUCAAGCGCAUCGACUGCUACAGAGCCACCUACGAGCCCCUGGACGAGCGGCUGGACAGCGGGUUGUCCUACAUCAAGAUAUUCGACGUGGGGCUGCGGUACCUGGUCAACCGGGUGCAGGGCCACGUCCAGAGCCGCACCGUCUACUACCUGAUGAACAUCCACGUCGCUCCCCGCGCCAUCUACCUCAGCCGCCACGGCGAGAGCCAGCUCAACCUGCGGGGACGCAUCGGGGGCGACUCGGGGCUCUCCCCGGGCGGGAAGAAGUACGCCCAGGCCCUGGCCCAGUUCAUCCACAGCCAGAGCAUCCGGGAGCUGAAGGUCUGGACCAGCCACAUGAAACGCACCAUCGAGACGGCCGAAGCCCUGGGGGUGCCCUACGAGCAGUGGAAAGCCCUCAACGAGAUCGACGCCGGCGUCUGCGAGGAGAUGACCUACGAGGAGAUCCAGGAGCGCUACCCCCACGAAUUCGCCUUACGGGAUCAGGAUAAAUAUCGCUACCGCUACCCGAAAGGCGAGUCCUACGAGGACCUGGUGCAGCGGCUGGAGCCCGUCAUCAUGGAGCUGGAGCGGCAGGAGAACGUGUUGGUCAUCUGCCACCAAGCCGUCAUGCGCUGCCUGCUGGCUUAUUUCCUGGAUAAGAGUGCAGAUGAGCUACCCUACCUCAAGUGUCCCCUCCACACCGUCCUCAAGCUGACUCCCAUGGCCUACGGGUGCGAGGUGGAAUCCAUCUUCCUCAACGUGGAGGCGGUGAACACCCACCGCGAGCGACCUCAGAACGUCGACAUCAGCCGCCCUCCAGCCGAAGCUCUGCUCACUGUCCCCGAGCACUAUUGAGGGGUCCCCGGGUUGGGGUGGGGGGCUCCCCGGGGUGGGGGUCCCCCAAAUUAAACCUUGCCUUUACGAA